AUGUCGGAAUUAUCAAUUAAAACAAUUGAAACUAAACCAUUUCAAGAUCAAAAACCUGGGACUUCUGGAUUAAGAAAAAAAGUCACAGUAUUCCAACAACCUCACUAUACCGAAAAUUUCAUUCAAUCAAUUUUGGAUGCAAUUCCUGAAGGUGCUCAAAAUUCAACAUUAGUUAUUGGUGGUGAUGGAAGAUUUUAUAAUGAUGUUGUUAUUCAAUUAAUUAUUAAAAUUGCUGCAGCUAAUGGAGUUAAAAAAUUGAUUCUUGGUCAAAAUGGGAUUUUAUCAACUCCAGCAACAUCUCAUGUAAUUAGAAUUAGACAGGCCACUGGUGGGAUUAUUUUAACUGCUAGUCAUAAUCCUGGUGGUCCUGAAAAUGAUUUAGGAAUUAAAUAUAAUUUAGGUAAUGGUGGACCAGCUCCUGAAUCAGUUACUAAUAAGAUUUUUGAAAUUUCGAAAAAAUUGACUCAAUAUAAAUUAAUUGAAUUACCAACAGUUGAUUUAUCUAAAAUUGGUUCUAUUGUUAUUGGACCAAUUGAAAUUGAAAUCAUUGAUUCAACGAAAGAUUAUGUUGAUAUGUUGAAAUCAAUUUUUGAUUUCCCAUUAAUUAAAUCAUUCCUUGAUAAAGCUACUAAAGAACAAGAUUUCAAAGUAUUAUUUGAUGCAUUAAAUGGUGUUACUGGUCCUUAUGGCUAUGAAAUAUUUAUUAAUGAAUUAGGAUUACCUGAAUCAUCAAUUCAAAAUUAUAAACCUUUACCUGAUUUUGGGGGAUUACAUCCAGAUCCAAAUUUAACUUAUGCUCAUACUUUAGUUGAAAGAGUUGAUAAAGAAAACAUUGCUUUUGGUGCUGCUUCAGAUGGUGAUGGUGAUAGAAAUAUGAUUUAUGGUGCUGGGACUUUUGUUUCACCAGGUGAUUCAGUUGCAAUUAUAUCUGAAUAUGCUGAUUCUAUUCCAUAUUUCCAAAAACAAGGAGUUUAUGGUUUAGCUAGAUCAAUGCCAACUUCUGGUGCUAUUGAUCUUGUUGCUGCUAAUAAAAAUUUACAAUGUUAUGAAGUUCCUACUGGUUGGAAAUUUUUCUGUUCAUUAUUUGAUGCUAAAAAAUUGAGUAUUUGUGGUGAAGAAAGUUUUGGUACUGGACUGAAUCAUAUUAGAGAAAAAGAUGGAUUAUGGGCUAUUGUUGCUUGGUUAAAUGUAUUAGCUGGUUAUAAUAAACAAAAUCCUAAUUCAAAAACUUCAAUUGAAAUUGUUCAAAAUUCAUUUUGGGAAAAAUAUGGUCGAACUUUUUUCACUAGAUAUGAUUAUGAAAAUGUUUCUAGUGAAGGUGCUGGUCAAUUAAUGGAUUUAUUACAAUCAAUUGUUAAUGAAAAAUCUGUUGGUGAUGAAUUAAGUCCAGGUUAUAUUAUUAAACAAGCAGAUAAUUUCUCUUAUACUGAUUUAGAUGGUAGUGUUUCACCAAAUCAAGGAUUAUUUAUUAAAUUUACUAAUGGGUUAAGAUUUAUUGUUAGAUUAUCAGGGACAGGAUCUUCUGGUGCUACCGUUAGAUUAUAUUUAGAAAAACAUUGUGAUGAUAAAUCUAAAUAUCAUUUGAAAGUUGAUGAAUAUUUGGCUAAUGAAAUUCAAUUUGUUUUGGAAUUAUUGAAAUUUAAACAAUUUUUAAAUAAAGAACAACCAGAUGUACGUACAUAA